GGAUCUCGUGAGAAAUAAACCCUCUGGAAUCGGCGAACUCGAAGACCACUUAAAUUCGACCGUUGAGAAGCCGUCCGCCGAUUUAAAGCUCUUCCCCCGAUUCCAUCCCUUCCGCUCCUCAUUUCGAUCGAACCGAAGAAAAACUAGCCGUUGUCCCCGUCGCCAGCUCGUCUCGCGUUCAAUGGACUCCGCCGCGGCGGUGCUCAGCCCAGCCUCCGACGACCGGUUCUGGGACCACCUCCGCACCCGCGUCGACACCAUCCUCGAGGACCGCCGCGUCCCCCUGGACGCCGUUACGCGAGGGGUGGAGUCAAAGCGGGGGAAGCGGCUCCGAGAGGACUCGCUGAUGCUGGUCCGUGGCCUUGACUCCGUCGCCGAGUCGCUGGCGCAGCUCUCCGACACACUCACUGCCGCGCAGAAGGGAGUGAGUGCGCUGGCUACGUGCUCUACCCAGGCGAGGGGAUGUGAGAGUGCCGCUGACGCCGACGAGGAGGAGCCGAAAGCGAAGCGGCAGUGCGGUGGCUCGACGGAAGCCGCGGGCCUGGACGGUAAUACUCUGGCCACCGGAGAAGUGGCUGCUGCAGGUUCUGGUAACGAGGGAGCAGCGGAUGUGGCGCAGAGCACCAAUCUGAAGCGGGCCAGAAAUCUGGCGGUUUCGAUGGCGAGCAGAGCUGCUGCGCUCGCGAGGGAGCUCAAGAACAUCAAGUCUGAGCUGCACUUCGUGCAGGAGAGGUGCGGUUUGCUCGAGGAGGAGAACAAGAGGCUAAGAGAGGGGUAUGACAAAGGGGUUGCCCCUGAAGAAGAUGAUCUGGUGAUGUUGCAGUUGGAGGCUCUGCUUGCAGAGAAGUCGCGGCUGGCGCAGGAAAACGCCAACCUGACGAGGGAGAACCAGAGCCUGAUGCAGCUGGUGGAGUACCACCAGUUGACCUCUCAGGAUCUGGAUGAGUCCUACGAGGACGUGGUGCAAGGGAUGCGGCUUGACUUCUCGUCGCCGCUGGGCAAGAUCAACAGCGACGAGGAAGAAGGCGAGUGCAACGAUGGAGUUCCGGUCACCCCAACUGACAGGUUGGAGGUGUUGAGCCCUCCUGAAUAGACGAAUGUGAAGAAUAAGAUUGGUUUUCCAAUGAUGGAAUUCCUAUGUACCAGGUGCCAUUAUUUCAGCUAUUGUACGUGCUCCUAACUGACCACUCUCAGUGGCCAGGUUUUGAUGCCGCUUCUGUUUCAGUAAUAAUUAUGCCGCUUCUGUUUACACUGUUA